AUGCCUCGUCCAACCAACCGGGACGAAGUCAUCGCCCGCCUUCGCAAGACAGUCGAUGAUGGCUCGAUUAUUGUUGGAGCUGGUGCUGGAAUCGGCCUCUCGGCCAAAGCAGUUGAGGCUGGUGGCGCCGAUCUCAUCCUUAUCUACAACUCUGGUCGAUUCCGGAUGGCCGGACGUGGUUCUCUUGCUGGCUUGAUGCCCUACUCCGACGCUAAUCAAGUGGUUGUGGAGAUGGCCCAAGAAGUUCUCCCCGUUAUACAGAAUGCCCCCGUUCUAGCCGGUGUCUGCGGCACAGAUCCAUUCCGUGAAAUGCCCACCUUUCUCACGGAGCUAAAAGGACUCGGCCUUGUGGGCGUUCAGAAUUUUCCCACAGUCGGACUUAUCGAUGGGCAGUUCCGACAGAACCUAGAAGAAACAGGGAUGGGCUAUGAUCAAGAAGUGGAAAUGAUAGCCACUGCACAUAAACUCGGUCUCGUGACAACCCCUUACGUAUUUAGCACCGAGGAUGCAGUCAAGAUGGCUCAGGCAGGCGCAGAUGUCGUCGUUGCGCAUGCGGGACUCACAACCUCCGGCUCAAUUGGAGCACUAAGUGGUCGGUCGCUUGAGGACUGUGUGAAAUUUGUACAAGAUAUUCGUGAUGCUGCUGUUGCGGUGAACCCCGAGAUCCUGGUUCUAUGUCACGGAGGACCGAUUGCACGCCCAACGGACGCGAAGUUUGUUCUUUCGAGGACUGUGGGGGUGCAUGGAUUCUUUGGUGCAAGUAGUAUGGAGCGAUUACCCGUUGAAAUUGCCAUCAAGGAGAACGCAGAACAAUUUAAGCGAUUGAAGGUACGGUUAGAGUGA